AUGAGAAUCAGCAGCUUGAUCAUGGCCGCCAGCGCUGCUGGUCUUGUCAGCGCCCUGCCCGUACGCGAGAUGACCAAAAAACGCUCUUCUGGAUUUACCUGGGUCGGUAUCAACGAAUCUGGUGCGGAAUUUGGUAGCAACAUCCCCGGAAAGCUGGGUACCGACUACACAUGGCCCGAUACCUCCAAGAUUCAGACUCUGCGGGAUGCGGGUAUGAACAUCUUCCGGGUCCCAUUCUUGAUGGAGCGUCUGGUGCCCAGCUCCAUUACCGGUAAUCUGGAUGCCACUUACCUAAGUGACCUGAAGAAGACCGUCGAGUUCAUUACCGGCAGUGGUGCUUAUGCCGUUCUUGAUCCUCAUAACUAUGGAAGAUACUCUGGAAGUAUCAUCUCCUCUACUUCUGAUUUCCAGGAAUUCUGGAAGACCGUCGCUAGCGAAUUUGCCUCCAAUGACAAGGUCAUCUUCGAUACCAACAAUGAAUACCACGAUAUGGACCAGACUCUGGUGCUCAAUUUGAACCAGGCCGCCAUCAAUGGUAUCCGUGCUGCCGGUGCCACGACGCAAUACAUCUUUGUUGAGGGUAACCACUACAGUGGUGCCUGGACCUGGGCUGACAACAAUGACAACCUUAAGGGUCUGAAGGAUCCUGAGGACAAGAUCGUCUUUGAGAUGCACCAGUACCUUGAUUCGGACGGUUCUGGUACCUCGGAGUCCUGUGUCAGCUCCACUAUUGGCCAGGAGCGUGUGGAGUCUGCCACUCAGUGGCUGAAGGACAACAGCCUCAAAGGAUUCCUCGGAGAGUUCGCCGGCGGUGUCAACUCCCAGUGCGAGACGGCCGUUGAGGGUCUUCUCUCUUACAUGUCCGAGAACAGCGACGUCUGGCUUGGUGCCGAGUGGUGGUCUGCUGGUCCCAUGUGGGGAAAUUAUAUGUAUAGUCUGGAGCCUAGUACUGGCCCUGCCUACUCAAGCUACCUUCCCAUUCUGAAGAAUUACUUUGUCAGCGGCACCUCCUCUUCGUCCUCGUCGUCUUCCUCCAUCACCAGCUCUACUACUUCUGUGAACAACCCCACCACUUCUGCCACUACUCAGGCUCAGGUUGUCAACACUUCUUCCUCUUCCCCUACUCCUUCUCCAACCUCUGUGCCUGCAGCCGAGGCUCCCGCUCCCACGCCUACUGAGGCUGCUAAGACUUCCAGUGCUGCUUCGACCACCCCGACGACCGCCGCUGCUUCGACUACAGCUUCUGCUUGCCGUGCCCCCGAGCCUGCAGACGAAACCACUCUGCCCAGUGCUACUCCAACUACUUCUGCGUCUGCCUCUGGCAUCGCCAAGCACUGGUACCAGUGUGGUGGAAUCAACUGGACCGGCCCCACAACCUGCGAGAGCGGCUACACCUGUGUUGAGCAGAACCCUUACUACCACCAGUGUGUUUAA